AUGAGUGGUACAGGCCGGUUACCGUCAUUAAAUCAGCCCAAUGGGAAAACAGGACUGAAGUUCAAGCCCAAAGUGCUGGCAAGAAGAUCUAAGGAAGAGCGAGAAGCGUCUGUACCCAAGACGGCCCCAGAGGAAGUGGGCCGCGGCAGGAAUGAUGACGGGAAGCACAAAUACAGUAAACGAAAUAUAGGUAACAACAUGCAACGGAGGACGCCGCGGUACCUCAACAAUACGCAUGUGAUCAACAGCGGGCCGUUUGCUGCCGGCAAUUUUAGCGGUGGUGGCGGUGACAUGCGAAGAGGUUUUAUCAAAUCAGAGGGAAAUCAGGCCAACCUGUUGAAGGAGGGCCUUAAGGAAGUAGGUGAUGAUUCGGACGGUGAAAAUGCGACUAAAAUAAACAUGGGGAAGGAAUACAGGAAGAAUCGUGCGGAUGACAGUGACAUUGACAGUGACCAUGAGGACGACGCAGCAGCUCUUCAAUCUAAACAGCUUGCAAGCUUGUUCCCUGUACGAGCGACGCGGGUGCGACACGAGGACGUCGAGGCGGUGAAAAAAGAGCUACAGGAGUCGAUGUCGGACGCUGCGACGCGAGAACCCACACCGGGGGUACCGAAAUUGGAAGACGAAGAAGAGGACAGGCAGAACAGCGUGAAAGCGGCAUUACAGAGCAUCUUAAAAGGAAAUGACACCGAGCUUCAGCGGAAAUUGGACGGACUGAAGUUACAAGGCGAGUUCCAUUCCGUUAACUCCCACGAGGCUGAACAAGAAGUCCAUUUAUUGAACGAGGACCACAAGCAUAUUACCAGGAAGCUGGUGAGACUGAAUAACAAACCUAAUAAAUUUUUACUUUUCCAGCUUCCGAGUGUUUUGCCCGAAUUUGAGGCAGAGAUGAUACCGGAAGCGUCCGGCACUGCAGUUGCUACAGCGUCAGAGACAUCUGCUAUGGACGAAAAACCUGUUGAGAAACCUUCUAAAAUUACGAAACUUGAGCAAGAACAGAAUAAGCCAAAUCCUGUUACAGGAAAUAUUGGUUCUUUGCGAGUUCACAAAUCAGGCAGAUUGUCGGUAAAAGUCGGCAACGUUGUCAUGGACAUCAGCAGAGGUGCCGAGGCAUCGUUUCUACAACAACUGGUGGCGCUCGAUGACAGGGAAGAGGAAAGGGCCGUCGAAUGUCUCGGUCGAAUUGACGGAAAAGUAGUCGUUACGCCACAGUUUUGA